GCUACUACGCUUUGGUCACACUGCUCGGCGACUAGAAAUUGAAUUGCAUGAGAAUUUAAAAAGUUUCGUUUAUUAAGUAGAAGCAUUAGUCAACCGAUUCUGGAAAUCACAACACCGAGGUCAAGGGUCAAUGCACAGUCAGCCACAGAGGUUGAUCCAAGAAGCGCCUAUCCCAACAGCUGUUCUGCCGCUGGCAAUCCGGAUGCCAAACUGGCACACUCGGGGAGCAGUAUGCGCCGCAACAACUACCCGUACCAGCCCCUAAACCAGCACCCAUCAGGGCCCCAUCCCGCGAGCCACGACGCCUUGGAGGCGGAAAACGAGCAGGCGGCGGAGGAGCUGAAGCAGAAGAUCGGUGCCCUGAAGUCACUCACCAUCGAUAUAGGCAAUGAGGUGCGCUACCAGGACAAACUGCUCCGCGGCAUUGACGACGACAUGGACCGGACGAGUGGAUUUCUGGGCAAUACGAUGACACGGGUGGUGCGACUGGCCAAACAGGGCGGUGGUGCUCGCCAGAUGUGCUACAUGUUCCUCUUCGUCCUCGUCGUUUUCUUCAUCCUUUGGAUAACCCUCAAGUUCAAGUAGUUGUUGGUAAUUUUAUAAAAUACAUACCCACAUAUUUGUAUUGUUUAGUGUAGUCAAAGGUUGUAUUUGGUUCGGAUUGGGGUUCACUUUUGGCCUGAAAACAUAAAGUUAAAUAUAUUUUUUAAGUUCAAACCAA